CUGGAGACAGAGCAAGAGGAUCAGGUGAUGGAACCCAAGGUAGCAGGAAACCAAGACCUCAUGGGAAAUGAGCAGCCCAGGAUCACAGCAGAGAGUGGUAAAGCUCUUCUGUCUCAGGGGAGCAUUGAGGAGGACCAGCCAGAUGUCCAGGACACCACACACCCAGCAGAUGCUGUCCACAAGCCAGUGACCUUUAAGGAUGUGGCUGUGGACUUCACAAGGGAGGAGUGGGGACUGCUGGACCCAGCACAGAGGAUCUUGUACCGAGAUGUGAUGCUGAGGAACUACAGCAACCUGGUGUCCCUGGGACUUCCUGAUUCCAAACCAGACGUGAUCUCCAAGCUGGAGCAAUGGGAAGACCCCUGGACUAUGGAGAGAGAUGUCCCAAGAGGUCCAGACUCAAAACCUCGGACCCUAGCUGCACAGCUGACCCCAGACAAAGGCAGUCUGCCUUGGGGGUGGAUGACAGUGGGACUCGAAGGGCAAGAUUUCUGGCACACCAUAUUGAGAAAAGUUGUGGGGCGUGGAGGCCAGGCAGCAGAAAGAUGCUGCCAAGUAGUGAUGCUUAGCCAGGGGGAGAAGAACCUGGAGCGGAGCCUUGCAGGAAGUGUCCACUGGCCCCCGUUUGUCACUGAGCAUCAGGACACUCCUCCAGCCUCAAACCACAUUCUCAAAAAGGGCCUCACAUGCGUUUCAGUCUUAGAUCAGGGUUACUCCUGCCAAAGAGAGGAUGUGUGUGGAGAAGCCUGCAGCUGUUUCCCAGACCUUAGUCGGCCACCAGGAGUCCACACUGCAGAGGGCGUCCCAGUGUGCAGUGGGUGGGAAGAUGCCUUUGGCAAGAACACGUGCCUCGUGAGCUAUCAGCAGGUUCCCAAUGGAAGGAAGCCCUACACAUGCGAGGAGUGUGGGAAGGCCUUUGGGCAGAGCACUCAUCUCAUUCAGCACCAAAGAACCCACACUGGCGAGAAGCCGUAUGUCUGCUGGGAGUGCGGACGUGCCUUCAGCAAGAACUCGUCUCUGGUCAAGCACCGGCGCAUCCACACGGGCGAGAAACCCUACACGUGUGGCCAGUGUGGCAAGCGCUUUCAUGAGAGCUCAUCGCUUGUCAAGCACCAGCGGGUGCACACAGGUGAGAAGCCGUACACAUGUGGCGAGUGCGGGCGCACCUUCAGCCAGAGCACCCACCUCCUGCAGCACCAGCGAGCCCACACCGGGGAGAAGCCAUUUGCCUGCCACAAAUGCGGCCGAGCCUUCGCCGACUCCUCGGCCCUCCUUGUCCACCACAGAACCCACACGGGAGAGAGGCCCUACGAGUGCCGUGUGUGCUGCAAGGCGUUCAGCCUCAGCUCAUCCCUGGCCGAACAUGAGCGCUGCCACACAGGAGAGAAGCCGUACAAGUGUCGGGAAUGCGGGAAGGCCUUCAGCCAGAGCUCGUCCCUCAGCAAGCACCUGAGGACACACACGGGUGAGAAGCCAUACUCAUGUGGUGACUGUGGGCGCACCUUCAGCCAGAGCUCGUCCCUGGCCAAGCACCAGCGGGUACACACGGGUGAGCGGCCCUAUCUGUGUGAAGAGUGCGGAAAGGCCUUCAGCCAGGGCUCCUACCUGAUUCAGCACCUCAAGAUUCACAGCGGUGAGAAGCCCUACACAUGCAGUGAGUGCAGGAAGCCAUUCACCGACUCCUCGGCCCUCAUCCUACACCAGCGCGUGCACACAGGUGAGCGUCCUUACGCAUGUGGAAAAUGCGGGAAGACCUUCAGCCAGAGCAAGUUCCUCACCCAGCACGAGCGGAUCCAUACUGGCGAGAAGCCCUUCGUGUGUGGUGACUGCGGAAAAGCCUUCCUGCAGAGUUCAUCUCUCACCCUCCAUCAGAGAACGCACACUGGGGAGAAGCCUUACAAGUGCAACGAGUGCGGCAAGUCCUACAUCCAGAUGUCGCACCUCACCGAGCAUUACCGGGUGCAUACCGGGGAGCGGUCCUACACAUGCAAUGUGUGCGGCAAAGCCUUCAGCCGUGGCACACACCUCACACAGCACCAGCGUGUCCAUGCAGGUGCCAAGCCCUUCAUAUGCCAUGUGUGUCAGAAAACCUUCCAGGAGGCCACAGCCCUCAUACUGCAUCAGAGGACUCACUCUGGCAAGAAGCCCUUUGAGUGUCGUGAGUGCGGCAAAGCCUUCAGCCAGAGCAGAUUCCUGGCCCAGCAUCAGAGAAUUCAUUCCCGGGGGAGACCAUAUGAAUACAGCGAGUAUCAGAAAAGCCUGAGCAACUGUUUGGUUCUUGUACGUCAGUGAACUGAGCACAUGCCAGAGACCUUCCCAUCUGUCCUUGGUGUGUUGUCCUCUGUCCGGGGGAGGCCCUGUGAGUGUGAAGAGCUCAGGGCCUGUGUAGGGCAGCCUCUGUCCUGCCUCACACACAUCUUCCUACAGGGUCACCUGGUCUGGUGAGAAAGCUGGGCGUGGGCCUUUGAUUUGUCUUCCUUAUCCCCGUAACCUUCAAGGGGAGUAAUGGCCACUCCCAGUUCUUCUCCAUCAUUAGGUUCCCGUGGAUGCCCACCAGGUGGCAGGAGGGCCACAAGUGUGAACGUGCUUCCUCUCAGCAGGCCUGGAACACAGCUUAUUUCAAAGUUUUUGCCAAGGCAAAAAUGAAAUUAAAGGGGAAAAGUCUAUUUUAAAAAGAUGCUUUUGCAGUUUGUGCCCUGUUUUAACUUGGACCAUAUGGUUUUGGGGUUUAUUUUUCCCCCAAAUAAAGUAAGCUUUAUAUUCUGAAA